AUGGCACAGAAGGGCCAGCUGAGCGACGAUGAGAAGUUUCUCUUCGUGGACAAGAACUUCCUCAACAGCCCGAUGGCGCAGGCGGACUGGGUGGCCAAGAAGCUGGUGUGGGUGCCGUCGGAGAAGCAGGGCUUCGAGGCGGCCAGCGUGAAGGAGGAGAAGGGCGACGAGGUGGUGGUGGAGCUGGUGGAGAACGGCAAGAAAGUGACGGUGGCCAAGGACGACAUCCAGAAGAUGAACCCGCCCAAGUUCUCCAAGGUGGAGGACAUGGCGGAGCUCACCUGCCUCAACGAGGCCUCCGUGCUGCACAACCUGAGAGAGCGCUACUUCUCCGGCCUCAUCUACACCUACUCGGGGCUGUUCUGCGUGGUGGUGAACCCCUACAAGCAGCUGCCCAUCUACUCGGAGAAGAUCGUGGACAUGUACAAGGGCAAGAAGCGGCACGAGAUGCCCCCCCACAUCUACGCCAUCGCCGACACGGCCUACAGGAGCAUGCUGCAAGAUCGCGAGGACCAGUCCAUUCUGUGCACAGGUGAGUCUGGAGCCGGCAAGACGGAGAACACCAAGAAGGUGAUCCAGUACCUGGCAGUGGUGGCCUCGUCUCACAAGGGCAAGAAGGACACCAGCAUCACGCAAGGCCCGUCCUUUGCCUACGGGGAGCUGGAGAAGCAGCUGCUGCAGGCCAACCCCAUCCUGGAGGCGUUCGGCAACGCCAAAACCGUCAAGAACGACAACUCCUCCCGAUUCGGCAAAUUCAUCCGCAUCAACUUCGACGUCACUGGCUACAUCGUGGGCGCCAACAUCGAGACCUACCUGCUGGAGAAGUCGCGUGCCAUCCGCCAGGCCCGGGACGAGAGGACCUUCCACAUCUUCUACUACAUGAUCGCGGGGGCCAAGGACAAGAUGAAGAAUGACCUGCUGCUGGAGGGCUUCAGCAACUACACGUUCCUCUCCAACGGCUUCGUGCCCAUCCCCGCCGCCCAGGACGACGAGAUGUUCCAGGAGACCCUGGAGGCCAUGUCCAUCAUGGGUUUCAGCGAGGAGGAGCAGCUGGCCAUAUUGAAGGUGGUGUCCUCUGUCCUGCAGCUGGGCAACAUCGUCUUCAAGAAGGAGAGAAACACCGACCAGGCGUCCAUGCCUGACAACACAGCUGCACAGAAAGUGUGCCACCUCGCCGGGAUUAAUGUGACCGACUUCACCAGAGCCAUCCUGACCCCACGCAUCAAAGUUGGACGGGAUGUGGUGCAGAAAGCUCAGACGAAAGAGCAGGCCGACUUCGCCAUCGAGGCCUUGGCCAAGGCCACCUACGAGCGGCUUUUCCGCUGGAUACUCACCCGCGUGAACAAAGCCCUGGACAAGACCCAUCGGCAGGGGGCGUCCUUCCUGGGGAUCCUGGACAUUGCUGGAUUUGAGAUCUUCGAGGUGAACUCCUUCGAGCAGCUGUGCAUCAACUACACCAACGAGAAGCUGCAGCAGCUGUUCAACCACACCAUGUUCAUCCUGGAGCAGGAGGAGUACCAGCGCGAGGGCAUCGAGUGGAACUUCAUCGACUUCGGCCUGGACCUGCAGCCCUGCAUCGAGCUCAUCGAGCGCCCGAACAACCCUCCGGGCGUGCUGGCCCUGCUGGAUGAGGAGUGCUGGUUCCCCAAAGCCACAGACAAGUCCUUCGUGGAGAAGCUGUGUUCCGAGCAGGGCAACCACCCCAAGUUCCAGAAGCCCAAACAACUCAAGGACAAGACGGAAUUCUCCAUCAUCCACUACGCGGGGAAGGUGGACUACAACGCGAGCGCCUGGCUGACGAAGAACAUGGACCCCCUGAACGACAACGUGACCUCCCUGCUCAACGCCUCCUCGGACAAGUUUGUGGCCGACCUGUGGAAGGACGUGGACCGCAUCGUGGGCCUGGACCAGAUGGCCAAGAUGACCGAGAGCUCCCUGCCCAGCGCCUCCAAGACGAAGAAGGGCAUGUUCCGCACGGUGGGCCAGCUGUACAAGGAGCAGCUGGGCAAGCUGAUGACCACGCUGCGCAACACCACGCCCAACUUCGUGCGCUGCAUCAUCCCCAACCACGAGAAGCGGUCGGGCAAGCUGGACGCGUUCCUGGUGCUGGAGCAGCUGCGCUGCAAUGGCGUGCUGGAGGGCAUUCGCAUCUGCCGCCAGGGCUUCCCCAACAGGAUCGUCUUCCAGGAGUUCCGCCAGCGCUAUGAGAUCCUGGCAGCCAACGCCAUCCCCAAAGGCUUCAUGGAUGGGAAACAGGCCUGCAUUCUCAUGAUCAAAGCCCUGGAGCUCGACCCCAACCUGUACAGGAUCGGGCAGAGCAAGAUCUUCUUCCGCACCGGCGUCCUGGCCCACCUGGAGGAGGAGCGGGACCUGAAGAUCACCGACGUCAUCAUGGCCUUCCAGGCCAUGUGUCGGGGCUACCUGGCCAGAAAGGCCUUCACCAAGCGGCAGCAGCAGCUGACGGCCAUGCGGGUGAUCCAGCGGAACUGUGCGGCCUACCUCAAGCUGCGCAACUGGCAGUGGUGGAGGCUCUUCACCAAGGUGAAGCCGCUGCUGCAGGUGACCCGGCAGGAGGAGGAGAUGCAGGCCAAGGAGGACGAGCUGCAGAAGACCAAGGAGCGCCAGCAGAAGGCAGAGAGCGAGCUCAAGGAGCUGGAGCAGAAGCACACGCAGCUGGCCGAGGAGAAGAACCUACUUCAGGAGCAGCUGCAGGCGGAGACGGAGCUGUACGCCGAGGCGGAGGAGAUGCGGGUGCGGCUGGCGGCCAAGAAGCAGGAGCUGGAGGAGAUCCUGCACGAGAUGGAGGCCCGCCUGGAGGAAGAGGAGGACCGGGGCCAGCAGCUGCAGGCCGAGAGGAAGAAGAUGGCGCAGCAGAUGCUGGACCUGGAGGAGCAGCUGGAGGAGGAGGAGGCCGCCCGGCAGAAGCUACAGCUGGAGAAGGUCACGGCCGAGGCCAAGAUCAAGAAGCUGGAGGACGACAUCCUGGUCAUGGAUGACCAGAACAACAAACUCUCCAAGGAGCGGAAGCUUCUGGAAGAAAGGAUCAGCGACUUGACUACCAACCUCGCGGAGGAGGAAGAGAAGGCCAAGAACCUCACGAAACUGAAGAACAAGCACGAGUCCAUGAUCUCGGAACUGGAGGUGCGGCUGAAGAAGGAGGAGAAGAGCCGGCAGGAGCUGGAGAAGCUGAAGCGGAAGCUGGAGGGAGACGCCAGUGACUUCCACGAGCAGAUCGCGGAGCUGCAGGCGCAGAUCGCAGAGCUCAGGGCGCAGCUGGCCAAGAAGGAGGAGGAGCUGCAGGCCGCGCUGGCCAGGCUGGACGACGAAAUUGCGCAGAAGAACAACGCUCUGAAGAAGAUCCGGGAGCUGGAGGGCCACAUCUCAGACCUGCAGGAGGACCUGGACUCGGAGCGUGCGGCGCGGAACAAGGCCGAGAAGCAGAAGCGAGACCUGGGCGAGGAGCUGGAGGCCCUCAAGACGGAGCUGGAGGACACGCUGGACAGCACAGCCACCCAGCAGGAACUCAGGGCCAAGCGGGAGCAGGAGGUGACGGUGUUGAAGAAGGCUCUGGACGAGGAGACGCGGUCCCACGAGGCACAGGUGCAGGAGAUGAGGCAGAAGCACACGCAGGCGGUGGAGGAGCUCACCGAGCAGCUGGAGCAGUUCAAGAGGGCCAAGGCGAAUCUGGACAAGAGCAAGCAGACGCUGGAGAAGGAGAACGCGGACCUGGCCGGGGAGCUGCGGGUCCUGGGCCAGGCCAAACAGGAGGUGGAGCAUAAGCGCAAGAAGCUGGAGGUGCAGCUGCAGGAGCUGCAGUCCAAGUGCAGUGACGGGGAGCGCGCCCGCGCCGAGCUCAGCGACAAGGCCCACAAGCUGCAGAAUGAAGUAGAGAGCGUCACGAGCCUGCUCAACGAGGCGGAGGGCAAGGCCAUCAAGCUGGCCAAGGACGUGGCCUCCCUUGGGUCCCAGCUGCAGGACACACAGGAGCUGCUCCAAGAAGAAACGCGCCAGAAGCUCAACGUGUCCACCAAGCUGCGGCAGCUGGAGGAUGAGCGCAGCAGCUUGCAGGAGCAGCUGGACGAGGAGACCGAGGCCCGGCAGAACCUGGAGCGCCACGUGUCCUCGCUGAACGUGCAGCUCUCGGACUCCAAGAAGAAGCUGCAGGACCUGGCCAGCACCGUGGAGGCCAUGGAGGAGGGCAAGAAGCGCUUCCAGAAGGAGAUCGAGGGCCUCACGCAGCAGUACGAGGAGAAGGCGGCGGCUUACGACAAACUGGAAAAAACCAAGAACAGACUUCAGCAGGAGCUGGACGACCUGGCCGUGGACCUGGACAACCAGCGGCAGCUGGUGUCCAACCUGGAGAAGAAGCAGAAGAAGUUUGACCAGUUGUUAGCCGAGGAGAAGAACAUCUCCUCCAAAUACGCGGAUGAGAGGGACCGAGCGGAGGCCGAAGCCAGGGAGAAGGAAACCAAGGCCCUGUCCCUGGCCCGGGCCCUCGAAGAGGCCCUGGAGGCCAAGGAGGAGCUGGAGAGGACCAACAAAAUGCUCAAAGCCGAGAUGGAAGACCUGGUCAGCUCCAAGGACGACGUGGGCAAGAACGUGCACGAGCUGGAGAAGUCCAAGCGCGCCCUGGAGACGCAGAUGGAGGAGAUGCGGACGCAGCUGGAGGAGCUGGAGGACGAGCUGCAGGCCACGGAGGACGCCAAGCUGCGGCUGGAGGUCAACAUGCAGGCCCUCAAGGGCCAGCUCGAGCGGGACCUGCAGGCGCGGGACGAGCAGAACGAGGAGAAGCGGCGGCAGCUGCAGCGACAGCUGCACGAGUUGGAGACGGAGCUGGAGGACGAGCGGAAACAGCGCACCCUGGCGGCGGCGGCCAGGAAGAAGCUGGAGGGCGACCUGAAGGACCUGGAGCUGCAGGCCGACUCGGCCAUCAAGGGGCGGGAGGAGGCCAUCAAGCAGCUCCGCAAACUGCAGGCUCAGAUGAAGGACUUCCAGCGAGAGCUGGAGGACGCGCGGGCCUCCAGGGACGAGAUCUUCGCCACAGCCAAGGAGAACGAGAAGAAGGCCAAGAGCCUGGAGGCCGACCUCAUGCAGCUCCAGGAGGACCUGGCGGCGGCCGAGCGCGCGCGGAAGCAGGCUGACCUGGAGAAGGAGGAGCUGGCCGAGGAGCUGGCCAGCAGCCUAUCUGGAAGGAACACGCUGCAGGACGAGAAGCGCCGCCUGGAGGCCCGGAUCGCGCAGCUGGAGGAGGAGCUGGAGGAGGAGCAGGGCAACAUGGAGGCCAUGAGCGACCGAGUCCGCAAGGCCACCCAGCAGGCUGAGCAGCUCAACAACGAACUGGCCACGGAGCGCAGCGCGGCCCAGAAGAACGAGAGCGCGCGGCAGCAGCUGGAGCGGCAGAACAAGGAGCUGCGCGGGAAGCUGCAGGAGAUGGAGGGCGCCGUCAAGUCCAAGUUCAAGUCCACCAUCGCCGCACUGGAGGCCAAGGUGGCGCAGCUGGAGGAGCAGGUGGAGCAGGAGGCCAGGGAGAAGCAGGCGGCUGCCAAGGCGCUGAAGCAGAAGGAGAAGAAGCUGAAGGAGGUACUGCUGCAGGUGGAGGACGAGCACAAGAUGGCGGAGCAGUACAAGGAGCAGGCCGAGAAAGGCAACACCAAGGUCAAGCAGCUCAAGAGGCAGCUGGAGGAGGCGGAGGAGGAGUCCCAGCGCAUCAACGCCAACCGCAGGAAGCUGCAGCGGGAGCUGGACGAGGCCACCGAGAGCAACGAGGCCAUGGGCCGGGAGAUGAGCGCGCUCAAGAGCAAGCUCAGGAGAGGAAACGAGACGGCGUUCAUCCCUUCCAGAAGGUCCGGAGGCCGCAGGGUUAUCGAGAAUGCGGAUGGUUCCGAGGAAGAAACAGAGUCCAGGGAUGGAGACUUCAACGGCAUGAAAUCCAGCGAGUGAGCCCGCCAGGCCCCGCAGACUCUGGUCCGUCCUCGACUUGCAGAUGGCCCCCGCACCCCUCACCACGACCACGCCGGCGCCGCCCCCGCCGGCGGGUGUCCAUCCUGGGUUUAGAAGUCCAUCGGGAGACGCGGCCCGGCCUCCCACUGGCGGUGGCGCGUGCCCUGAUGGCCAGUUUUGGGCAAAACACAGGUGAUAACCAGUCACCGGCGCUGGGUUUCCAUGAAUUGGGGGGUUACCAAAUGGGCAUCACUGCCCUCUCACGGCCCCAACUCGUUUCCUCCCUGUGGACCCCCCAACCUCUCCAGAAAGACCCUUGCUUAGGAAUUUUUCUUCCCCUGCCCUGCCUGUCACGCCUCAGACCACACAGCAAGCGCCUCCUGUAGUCUCAGGAAUUAACGCGGGAAGCCCAGGGCUCAAGCAGAGAUGCCACACUGUCUUGCUUGCAUCCGGAUUGUACUUGCCGACACGUGCACUAAUAAAAGGUUCUAAGUCACCA